AACAACUACAACUACUACAACUACUACAACAACUACAACAACUACAACUACUACAACAACUACAACUACUACAACAACUACUACAACAACUACAACUACAACAACUACAACAACUACAACUACUACAACAACUACAACUACAACAACUACAACUACAACAACUACAACUACUACAACUACUACAACAACUACAACUACAACAACUACAACUACUACAACUACUACAACAACUACAACUACUACAACUACUACAACAACUACAACUACUACAACUACAACAACUACAACUACUACAACAACUACAACAACAACUAUAACCAGAAACAUUUGCUGCGUCGACUGCCUCCGCCGUGCCGGAGCUUUUGUCGGCGGUGCCGCGGGCUUUGCCGACGCAGACAUGAGCUCGGCGUUGAACGCCGAUGAAGUCCGGGUCAUGUCGGAGUUGCUGGCACACGGACUUCUCCGAGAUCACCAUCGAAGCGUGAAACUGAUCAUGCUGUUCGAUGCGGAAACAGAGAAGGCUAAAAUAUAUGCAGAAGAUUUAAAGGAGACGCGGAAAAAAAUCGACGAUAUUACUUUGAAGAACACGGAACUUUCUGAGCAGACAACGCGGCUAGAGACUACUUUUGAGGUUAACAAGACCGUCAUUGAAAGAUUGAAUGCGGCGCAGAAUAUUCUCAUUAAACACACGUUGGACAGACGCAAGCAACUGGAAGCCGCCAAGCAACACCUUGCAGACGAAUCGGUGCGCUUAGCCGACAUCGUAAAACAUUACGAGGCCAUGUUGACGGACUACGAGGAGGAGCCCAGCGUUCACUCCCAGGUGCUCCUCGCAAAGAAGGAGGGAGAGCUGGCCGCCUUGAGAGGCGCCAUCGCCACGGAGAAGCAGGAUCGCAAGGAGCAGCGGAGAAAGAUGAAUCGCGAAACGGGUUUUCGGUUCGCGACGUUCAAUGAACGGGUGGCCGAAAUGGUGCUGACCAAGCAAGACACGGCCAGGAGUGAAGCGUUGAUUGCAGCGAGGGAGGCGUCGAAGGAGCUGCUGGAAAAGGAAGCCAAGGGGCAUCAGACUGACGAGGAACGCAGCGACGGAGAGGCGAGCGCGGCCACCGCCACGGACAUCGAGAUGCCAGAUGACGACGCGACCAGGAGCCGGGGAGACAGAGCAGCUCGCGGCGGCGCGGAGACGGCCCCGGGACGCCGCGAGGGGAACGGGUCAGCGAGCGGAAGCGAGCAGGUUCUACAAGCGGCUCUUCCGCAAGAUCAGGAGGAGUCCGCGAGGCACGAGGAGUCCACGAGGCAAGGGGACACCGCGGGGGAAACUCAACCUCCGCUCGACUUGCAAGAGCCCGAAGAACAUCUGGAUUCCACGCAGCAGGCGCCGCUCACGAAGCCUCAGAGACCUCCUCAACCCAUAAAACCAUUCGACGAGCCCUAA